UCACACUUCCCCGGCUCCUGGCCGGUCGCCGCCGCUUGUUGGUGCGCAAAAGAGGUCAUGCUGAUCAGGAUGCGCGCUGGACUGACCUGUAAAGAAAAUUUAGAUCCACUUCAUGGAAGGUGAAAUCUUUGUCAGGGCAAGGUGCUAACCAAUGCUGGCAAGUACUUGUUAGGCGGUGAAAGAAUUUCGCUUCCUGCCGUGCAGUGGCAACGAUUCUCAACUGAAACCAUUUGCUCUGUCGCUAGACGACGGUUUGUGUGCGCGCGUGUCGUGAUUUAGUGACGGAAUCCCGGGAAGUUCUAUGAUGCAGAUAGCGAUAGGAUAUCUUCUGUGUUUGGCCAUAGUUCCACCCGGUAUGGCCGACUUCAUACCCUGGCUGAUUGUGCCAGAAACGGCACCGACGCGUCAUCAACUCAUCAGUGGCAUCGGUAUACCCGUGGGCACACCGGAAUCCAUCACUAGCGGAUGGGUCAUGAAGGCGCAAUACUUCCUACCCACCAAGGUGGACGAUCUGAAGCCACAGCUGUGGGAAAACUGGAACGAUAGUCGGCGGGCACUGUCCCGGCGUGAUGUUUCCGGAAUGGGUGCGCCAGUGCCGAUCACACAGCUUCCCGCGUCAGGUGGACACGAACGGUACGUGGUAGAUAGCGUGUCGAUGCGCGAGGAAUCGCUUGAUGGUUCGGCUGAGCAGCUCUCCGAGGAGAUGUUUGACGAUGGAGACGAUAGCUACUGGAAGGAUGCGGAGGACGAUCGGGUGUUACAGCAGCAGGCGGACGAUACGUUGUGGCCGGCGGCGAAGGAAAUCGAUCCGAGCCAGCUCGAAGGGUACAGUGCCGAACAGUCCCGGUGGACGACGUACAAGGCGAUGGAAAAGUUGAGCGAAAGCUAUGGACUACCGGGACGCCCGUGCGUGUUGCGUAGUGUGUGUGAGUCAGCGGCCGCACCGUUCACCCACACCGGUGGCAUCUUUGCCGAGCUGCUGCACAUCGUUUUUACUCCCUCGAGCACGGAAGAACCAUUGUCGGCACAUCGGGAUAAUGAGUACUUCCGGGCGGAACAGCUCGGACGCAGUGGAGCACCCUGCGAGCGUAUCUUUCCCGAGUGUGUUCACUCGCUGCUGGACAUCUUUACCGGGGUGCAUGAUCCGGAAUCGAACACGAUGCGGCUGCUGCACGACGAGGUACGGGCCUUUCUAAUGCGGAAGUGAGUUAUUAAGGUGCCGUUUGGCGCUGUAACGUUUACUAGUCAUGUUUCGGGUAUCCGUCCGCGUGCGCCGCGAUUGUGCCGGACAGAAGGAAAAAUCGUUUU